AUGGAAGAAUAUGGUUUCUCUGGGAUAGUGAUAUCCUUACAGUUCAAAAAUAAUAUCAUCAGAGAAUAUAUCACUUGCUCAAUUGAUUCCGGAGAUGGUAGAUUUUCCAGCUUGUGUACUAUUGUAUAUGCUCUUAAUCAAAUGACUAGCAGAAGAAUUCUUUGGAGAGAUCUUUUGACAUUUAAAUACAAUGUCAAUGGUUCAUGGAUUAUUGGUGGGGACUUCAAUGCAAUUACAAGCUAUGAUGAGAAGAUAGGUGGUGUGCCAGUGUCUGAUGCUGAUAUUGAGGAUUUUCAAAGCUUCAUCACCAUAAGUCAAUUGUUGCAUAUAAGAUCGAUUGGAUGUUACUUUACAUGGAAUAAUAAGCAAGAUGUUGAAACUAGAAUCUGGUCUAGAUUGGAUAGAUGUUUGGUUAAUGAGGAUUGGAUUCAUCUAUAUACAACUAGUCAAGUGGAGUACCUAUUGCCUAGCUGCUCUGAUAAUUCUCCUGCUCUGCUUAUUAUUGAAGAUGAUGAUGAUAUUGAGGGUAAGGGACUAUUUAAGUUCUUCAAUAUGUGGGUGAAACAUCCAGAUUUUAUCUCAACAGUUAAAUCAAUUUGGGAGCAGAACAUUGAAGGCUAUAAAAUGUACAGUUUUCACUCAAAACUCAAAAAGCUAAAGCAUGCACUUAAAGAGUUGAAUAAGAAGCACUUUAUGAAUAUAAAUGAACAAGUGCUUAGAUCGAAGGAUGAUUUAGCUGAUAUUCAAAGGCUGCUAAGUGAGGAUCUUUUCAAUUUAGGUUUGAUAGUAAGAGAAAAAGAAUGCAUCAAAAAAUAUGAUAGGUUGCUAGACUGUGAAUCCUCCUAUAAACAAAAAGCCAAUAUAAGUUGGAGUCUGGAAAGGGAUAAAGGAUCUAAAUUCUUUUAUUCUAUCAUGAAAAAGAAAAGGCAUCUCAACAGAAUUCUGACACUCUAUACUGAAAGUGGAACUAGAAUCAGUGACAGAUCUGGGAUUAUUACAAAAAUUGUUGAUUAUUACAAAAAGCUACUAGGAAAUUCUGUUUCUACAACAUGA